GCCAUAAUGGAAUGCAGUUCCCAAACACUUUGACAUGUAAAAUCCUGAAGCUCGUCAAGUCAGCUGACCUAUGUCGUGACUAUUCCAUCGUUUGAUCGUUGAAGCAGACCAAGGAUUUUCUUUCAUUUGAUGAUAUAAAGCCGUCAAGCCAUCUGUCACCUGACUUGCAAAAAGUCUAGAUAGCGUUACACCUAGAGAGCUUGCUAGCCGGCAAACGUUUACUACCCAGCAAUCCGCACACACUAGCUCAGGAUGGACUUUUCCAAGCUGACUAAGAUUCGUGAUGAGGACCGUGAGGGACAGUUCGGCUAUGUGCAUGGGGUCUCUGGGCCUGUGGUGACUGCCUCCAGCAUGGCAGGUGCUGCUAUGUAUGAGUUGGUGCGUGUGGGUCACAGUGAGCUGGUGGGUGAGAUCAUUCGGCUGGAGGGAGACAUGGCAACCAUCCAGGUGUACGAGGAGACCUCCGGAGUAUCUGUGGGAGACCCUGUUUUGCGGACAGGGAAACCCCUCUCUGUGGAGCUGGGCCCCGGAAUUAUGGGCUCUAUCUUUGAUGGAAUCCAGCGGCCCCUCAAAGAUAUCAAUGACCUGACCAAGAGCAUAUACAUUCCCCUAGGAGUCAACAUUGGAGCCCUAAACAGAGACCUCAAAUGGGAGUUUUCUCCCUCGCAGAACUUGAAGGCUGGCAGUCACAUUACAGGGGGCGAUAUCUAUGGUACUGUGUUUGAGAAUUCCCUCAUCAAGCACAAGGUCAUGCUGCCCCCCCGCAGCAGGGGCACAGUGACAUACCUUGCUCCGGCAGGCAAUUAUGACGUGUCUGACGUAGUGUUGGAGCUGGAGUUUGAGGGGUUGAAGGAGAAGUUUAGCAUGAUGCAGGUGUGGCCUGUGCGUCAGGUCCGCCCUGUUACUGAGAAACUGCCCGCCAAUCAUCCCUUACUGACAGGCCAGAGAGUACUGGAUGCACUCUUCCCGUGUGUCCAGGGUGGAACCACUGCUAUCCCAGGGGCCUUUGGGUGUGGAAAGACGGUCAUCUCGCAGUCACUCUCUAAAUACUCCAACAGCGAUGUUAUCAUCUAUGUGGGCUGUGGGGAACGUGGGAAUGAGAUGUCAGAAGUACUGCGAGAUUUCCCAGAGCUGACCAUGGAGGUGGAUGGGAAGGUGGAGAGCAUUAUGAAGAGGACGGCACUGGUGGCCAACACCUCCAACAUGCCUGUGGCAGCCCGAGAGGCCUCCAUCUACACGGGUAUCACUCUGUCUGAGUACUUCAGAGACAUGGGCUACAAUGUGAGCAUGAUGGCUGAUUCCAGCUCUCGAUGGGCUGAGGCUCUCAGGGAGAUCUCCGGACGAUUGGCUGAAAUGCCUGCUGACAGCGGAUAUCCUGCUUAUCUGGGCGCCCGUUUGGCAUCGUUCUAUGAGAGGGCAGGCCGCGUCAAAUGCCUUGGCAACCCAGAGAGAGAAGGCAGUGUCAGCAUUGUGGGGGCUGUGUCUCCCCCUGGUGGUGACUUCUCAGACCCUGUUACAUCAGCUACACUGGGGAUUGUGCAGGUGUUUUGGGGCUUGGAUAAGAAGCUAGCCCAGAGGAAGCACUUCCCAUCAGUGAACUGGCUGAUCAGCUACAGUAAGUACACACGGGCACUAGAUGAGUACUACGACAAGCACUUCCCCGAGUUUGUGCCGCUGCGUACAAAAGCCAAGGAGAUCUUGCAGGAGGAGGAGGACCUGGCUGAGAUUGUCCAGCUUGUCGGCAAGGCCUCUCUGGCAGAAACAGAUAAGAUCACUCUGGAAGUGGCCAAGCUCAUCAAAGAUGACUUUCUACAACAAAACGGAUACACUCCUUAUGACCGAUUUUGUCCAUUCUACAAGACUGUAGGCAUUCUCUCUAAUAUGAUAUCAUUCUAUGACCUGGCACGUCAUGCAGUGGAGACAACAGCUCAGAGUGACAAUAAGAUCACCUGGGCGAUCAUCCGGGAAAACUUGGGGGACAUACUGUACCGAAUCUCCUCUAUGAAGUUCAAGGACCCAGUGAAAGAGGGUGAAACAAAGAUCAAAGCCGACUAUGCUCAGCUGCUAGAGGACAUGCAGAAUGCUUUCCGUGCCCUAGAGGACUAAGCUGUGACAUUUGACUGAAAACCUCUCACCCUCCUAUAGUGUGCAGUGGACAUGCCAGUGCUCCCUUGUAUGUGCAUGCUCGUGUGUGUGCGCGCGUGUGUGUGUGUGUGUGUGUGUGUGUGUGUGUGUGUGUGUGUGUGUGUAAGUCCGUAUGUGUGAGACACUGUUAUGCUGCCUGUAGUUUACUGAUUUUACAUUGCUAUAAGACAGCUGUAGAAUGAGCUAUAGAAUGGCACUCAUUCAGCAUAUGUAGGAUCGAUGAGGGGCAGCAUUUUCAGCUGUGUUCAGGCAUGCUGUGUGCUCUAUGUAUAGGCCGAUGACACAAACUGUGGUUUGUGUUGCUCUUAGCCCUUAGGAUUGUACUGUAUUUUUCCCCACACAAACCACGGCCACUUUAAUCUCCAAAAUACUGAGUACGGCUCAACACUGCUCGUGCGGGGACAAACAGAAAAAUCUUUUUUUUUUUAAAAGCAAAGAAAGAAGUGUGGCAGUCAUAAAGGGACCACCAAGUUGACCCCUAUUUAUUUACAACCUAUAGCCUCAAUCUGUGACUUCUGCUCAUUUUGUGUGUUUCUCUGAAUGUGUUUGUCAUAUUUGUGCGUGUCAUUAUUUGAGAUGGUUUAUGUUUCAUUAUGUUUGUUAGAUUGUGGUCACUUCCAUGAUGUUAGUUGUCCUCUAUGUGCUGUAUAGAGUUCCAAAGAAUUAAAUGAAUGAAAACAAA